AUGGAGCCAGUGGUGAGUGAAGUCGAGAAUGAGGGUUGGGUGGUGAAAGAGACGGUUCCAGCGAUGGGUCGCUCCAAGUCGUUAGCGAUACUCUCGGUGCUGCUGGCGAUCGUCGCCCUCUCCAUGGCGCCCGUGCUCGCCCAGCCGCGCGCGCCCCCUACGCCAACCCCAAAGGCCCCCACACCGGCACCGGUGCCCAGCCCUUCUCCCGCGCCAGCGUCCGCGCCCACCCCAGCGCCCGCCCCCACGCCGGCAUCAGCGCCAUCCCCGGCCCCCGUGCCCGCCCCGGGGCCCGCCCCCACUCCCGCCCCUGUCCCCGCACCUGCUCCUACCCCUGUCCCUGCGUCACCACCGCCCCCGGUUGUUCCUCCGCCGCCGCCCAAGGCCGCGUCCACAGGUGCCACGAUGCUCGCAUCGCUGCUGCUCGUUGCCCCUCUGGUUGCCUUGGUCGUGUAA